UCACGACCAAAAUGGCCAGCGGCGCAGCGCCGUCUGAAGUUGAACUUGCAUGUCCGAGUCGGAGUCUCGCAAGCAGAAAACUUUGGGCAAGAGAACAGCAGAUUGGACCAGGUGGAGGCGCUCAGAGUCGGAGUUGAGGAGCUGGAGGCAAUUUUGCAAACCAUUUCUUACAAAAGCGCUAUCUCGCACCACAAUUGUGCACCUUCUUAUGCCGCGUUUUGCAGUGGUGGUGGCGGGGUAGACGGAAUACAACUUAUGACGAUUUGUUGAUAAUAGAUAGCUGGUGGUAAGUCAGAGCUGGUAGUUGUCUGUGCUAGAAAGUUUGGAAGAAGAAGGGCAGAAGGUGGAAGGGCUCACUAUUUGCCUGCAACAUCAGACAGCACAAUGGAGGAUGGCAUGAUGGAAGAUGCGGAUGAGUGGUCAAGGUCACAGCCGUACAAUCAAGCUCUCCCGGAGAUCAACAACCUUCGCACGGUUUAUUGUGAAUACCAGAGUAUUCUUUUGAAAGAGGAUAGUGCCGCCGGCACAAGGGCCAGACUGGCGCCCCUUUUGUCAUACAUUGAAUCUCAUAAUCUGGUGGGGCGUGCGUCUUUGAACACUUUACGGAGGCUCGCUUCAGAGUUGCGAGGGGAGUUGCUGGAUACAUCUCGGUAUGGUAUCUUCUACCGGUUUGUCUUCUUUGUCGCACGCGAACGAGGACAGAAGAAUCUCAGUGUUGAGGGGGCUAUUGAUGCAUGGAGGCUUGUGUUGGCCGGGCGUUUCAGGCUACUCGAUCAGUGGUGCAGUUUCGUUCGGGUGCACCAGAAGCAUGCUAUUACAGAAGACACGUGGCGCCAAGUGUUGGACUUUAGCAGAAGUAUCCACGAGGACUUAAGCAACUACGACCCGGAAGGGGCGUGGCCCGUGUUGAUUGACGACUUCGUGGCCAUCAUGUGUCGGAGGAGGGUCGCGUGUCCUUCCUGCGGCGUCGAAUUGGAGGGCAUGUGCCGGUGUGACACCAGCAGUCCGCUGGCGGCAAGCACUAGCGGAGGCUGGGGGGCGGAAGAGGACCUGGGCUUAAGCAGGCUUGGGGUAGUAGCCACCGCAGGGAGCAAACGGAGGCGGAAAGAUCCAGCGGAAGAACGGGAAGAAAUGGAGUCUGUGAACCUGAUUGCUCAAAGGUUGGCAGAAAUGCAGAGUGCUGCUAGCAGCAGUGAUGGGGAAGAUAGCCUCCCAAAGCGACCAAGACUAUACAGCUAUCAAAAGAGGCAAGUAGACGGAAUAUCGCAUACCCAUCUGGUGGUUGGGGAGCAUCGCCCUCCGUCAGGGAGGGUUCCCCAAGGUGAAACGAGGGCUAUUGAGGCUAGUCAUGGGGGCAGUUAUUUGUCACACCACAGCAUUAGAGAACAAGAAAAUUCGAGGCUCUUGAGUUGGGGGGAACAUAUGAUGGUUGCGCCGUCUUGACGGCAGGGUGUUCAUUUCUGAGCCGUUGUAAAAUUUCAAGGUUGGUUGAGGCCAUGUAUUGAUGAUUGUGCAGCACAUCUGGAAAAGUGGUUCCUUUAGAUAUAAAGCUAAAAGGUCGCGUCACUGUUAGACGUCGCUGUCAAUAUUGGUGUUUUGGCACCAUGAUCCUGCAUUAAAUCAAUGGCCGGAACCAGUAUUCUUGGUUCAUGC